AUGGCCAUCGACGCACCUCAAGGGGGAAAAGCCGCUUCAUCGAGAGAAGUGAAUGUGGUUGCUGAUGAUGCGAUUUGGUUUGAACUCUCUUCUGCCAAGAACUGGGAGCGCUCUUGGGGAUUCAUGCGCGAGACCUUACGUUCUCCUACGCCAAAUAACACUACAACCGUAAAAUUACCACCUAUCGCGUCUACAUCUCCACAUGCAUCAGGACUUCCAUCCAAGUUACCGUGUGGACUGGCUACCAAUGCUGAGCCGGUUCUGGCUGACUUGAUGUAUGCGCACAAAAUCAAACGUGUGAUUACUUCCAAGACCCCACAAGAAAAGUACACCUUCCCACCAUCGACAAGUUCCGAGUAUGGCUGGAGUCGUGAAACGAUCAAGACAGGAAACCCACUCGAAAUCUAUCCAAACCAGGUCAAAGGGAGGGGCAAUAUAAUGCAUUGGCUUAUGACAUGA